AUGACCACCAAUCCGUACCUGGACUCAGGUCCUUAUUUCAUCUAUGAAGAUGUCGAAAGGAAGCUUCCUCCACCGAGCCGAUCAGAUGUUGAACCUCAGUAUGUUCAUCAUCUGGCACCGAAACCCCCACCUGAGAUCAGCCACUCUGUUCCCAAACACAAAAGUGUAAAACAGCGGUGUGUGAAGUUCACUGUGGCUGCUGUGAUCUCCCUGCUGUUCCUCCUGCUGGUGGCUGGGGUCCUCCUCGGUUAUUACUUCUCCUCGUCCUGUAUGCACGGGAUGCGGUGUGGAGAUGGGAGCCGUGUGUGGGAGUCCCAGUGGUGUGACGGAGUGACGGACUGUCCUGCAGGCGAGGAUGAAGAUAACUGUGUGAGGCUGCAUGGCUCCAGUUUCCUGCUCCAGAUCUACUCGACUCAGAGUAAAAACUGGAGGACUGUUUGUUCUCAGGGCUGGACCGACCAGCAGGGGAGAGCAGGCUGCCAGCAGGUUGGAUACAGCAGAGGCACAUAUUUUAAAUCAGGCCAACAACAGACUGACUCUGAUGAUGGAUUCUUAAUAGUGAAGUCUGACUUCAACCCCGAGGCGUCCAUCCUGCAGCAGCUGGUGCUCAGCGACACCUGUCCCAACAACAGUGCGGUGACAUUGCGUUGUACUGAUUGUGGGCGAGGGGUGAACUCCAGCAGGUCCUCUGGAGGUCAGCUGGCCUCUCUGGUAUCCUGGCCUUGGCAGGUCAGCCUGCAGGUGGCGGGCUCCCACCGCUGUGGAGGAGCCAUCAUCUCCCCCUACUGGAUAGUCACCGCAGCACACUGUGUAGCCAGGUCCUGCAGUCCUGCAGACUGGGCUGUGUAUGCCGGGAUACUGGAUCCAUUAGGGACUCUGUUUAACCCUGCGUACUCUGUGAGCCGCGUUAUAGCCCACGAAGGCUUCAACAGUGUCACUCGCAGGAAUGACAUCGCUCUGAUGAGGCUCUCUAAACCUCUGGACAUCACAGCCUCCAGGAACAUCAGCCCGGUCUGCCUCCCAAAUGUUGGAUUAAACAUCAGUGAUCCUCAGAACGGCUGGAUAACACGAUUUGGUCACACAGUAAAUGGAGACUCUGGCUCUCCUCACCUGAUGGAGGCUCAGGUCUCCCUCAUAGAUGCUGCAGACUGUAACAGCUCCAUCGCUCACAACGGCAGGAUAUCACAGGACAUGUUGUGUGCAAGAGAAACGGAGGCAGCAGCCCACAUGUGCCAUACUAACAGCAGCGGCCCGCUGGUGUCCCUGAAGGACGGAGUAUGGUGGCUCGUAGGGGACACUAUUUGGGGGGAACACUGCACUGAGCAGAACAAACCAGGUGUUUACGGCAACGUCACCUAUUUUCUGGACUGGAUCUACCAUCAGAUGAGGGUAAAAACCAAAGAAACAUUUGACUUAUAA